AUGAAUCAAAACGGUGAGAGAAACGAAGGCAAACUGUUUCAAUUGCCGUCAUUACCGCCCUGGAGAACGCCAAGAUUUAACAAGAUCAACUUCAACAAUUUUACUACGCCGUUACGGAAAAGAUCAACAAGGGUAAUAAGCAAUGAUUCAAUACCCACAACGGAAGAAGAACUGGAGGAGAGACGGGGGGAUGAUGUAUACGGGGUUAAUAUGGAUGUUGAUGAAAUUGACUACUUUAAUUCGUUGAGCCACAUCGAAGAAGAAAAGGUGUAUGAUUAUUCACCAUUUUGUGAACGAAAUACACUAAGAGAAAGCAAAAUGCAUAAUUUUUUGCAAGCUGAAAAGGCAGCACAUUGUCUUGUGUUUCACAAGGUCGGCCACCUAGACGGUGUGGACACUUAUCGACCCGAUAUUGACGUUAUGUGUGGCGAAGAGGCCAACACACAUGGCAGCAUCAAUGCAGAUGGCAAUGCUACAAUGUUACUGGAGAGUGUACCUGGAUGCAGCAAAGAAGAUUUGGAAAAGUUAUUAAGGCGAGACUUCGUGACAAGUUCAAAGCCUAGCAUGAGACGCUUGGAUGACAUAAUAAACCAUGAAACGAAUGCCCUGAAAAGUUUUUGGAACGACUCAAAUUUGGUCAAUUCACUGGAAAGUCAUCAUUUACAUGAAGAGUACCUACUUUUACAAGAAGAACUGAAGAAUAUGUAUAAGAUUCAAUGCCAUGAUAGAGUGCCCAUAGAAAGCUUGCGGGAUAAGUGCAGGAGACAUUAUAACAACGAAGAAAGCAUAUCCCUCUAA